UUUCCAGAAGUGAGCAAAGGUAAUCAGACACCUGCGGUGCCUUGCUCUGCAGGCCUCCUCCCAGGAAGGGAGGGACCUGAAGGGAGGCGUCCCCAGACCGGGUAGACCAGUGAGACACAUUUAUUUUCCAACCUGAGGGUUUUUUUUCCCGACACUACAUGAGCCAAAGGAAUUUUCUUCAACCUGAGAUACAAGUGAAGGAAGACAGACAUAAUCUAGAAGAUCUGCUUACCUAUGGACUCCACUCUGUGAAACCAGCACAGGAUAACUUGAAACUUCAUCGCUAUAAAUGCUCAACUUGUGGGAACUGUUGGAAAUUCUUCUGUGAGGCAGGUGAACUCUGCUCUCCCAGGGAGAUUACAGCGGGACAUGCUUCCAGCCACUGAGCAGCUCACUCGCAGCGUCAUGGGAAUAUUGCUCUCUUAGAAAGCAAGAGACUUAACUGCACUACUGACAACAUACUGUACAGUCUGUGUCUCUGUGUGAUACUAUGAAAGUCCUCCAAAUCCAAACUUUGAGUGUGAGACUAAACAGGAAUACAGGAUAGUGUUGUUAUAUUUGGUGCCCUCCUGGAGAAGGUAAGAGGAGCUUGGGAGAUUUUUCCUUACAAAAGGCCUUUUGUUCUCUGCCGGCAGUAGAGGUGGAAUACAAGCAGCCUGGAGGUGGGGGGCGAAUCGUUGCGUGAUUUUUUUCACUGGACAGUUUUCUAGAGCUGCUACCUGUUUUAGUUUUCCUCAUCUUCCUCUUAGUUGGUGUCACAUUUGUAACAGCAAAAUGGACUGCACAAACAGUAACUCAGAGGCCCCGGUGAAGCAGCCCACUAGUCUUUUGGAUGUCUUUGGCAGUUUCUUCGGUAUCACAAAAUCUGAAGACACAGACCCAGCUGUCCUGGUGGCAUUUAAGGACCUGCCAGAUGAGAAGGACCGUCUUCCAGAAGACGAUCAAACUACUAAAAGUGAGCCUCAGGAUAAAGCGGGUGCUUCCUGUGAGGCAGGGGAGUGCGCAGAUUCAGCAGAAACCAGUAAGGAGUCUUGUGUCGGAGUUAAACCAGUAGCUGGAGCCUCGGCUGACCUAGAUCUGGUCCAGGUCACAAGGGUGGAAACGUACAGUGACACAGAGGAUGAGGAGGGGGCACACCGCAGGACUAGUCUGUCAGAGGACAAUGAUACAUCAGACCAUGGUGGUGGAGAAAAAGAUGAAGAGAGCGAAGAGUACCAUAUCCCCGUGUUUAGAACACACAAACUUAAGGAAAGAUCACGCGUUGAGGAUAUUUUAUAUGCAAACACGUUCUUCAAUAAAAGUUACUCCAGGGAAGUGUCUUCAGGUUCCAAACUGAAAAGUGAAGAGACAAAGGAGAGCACCACAAAAAACUCCAGCCAGGAUACUGAAGAGAAGAAGAGUACCAAAGACAACGCUAAACAAGAAACUGAGGAGAAGAAUGAGAGCACCACCCCUGUUGGUGUAGAAACAUCUGCAGCUGGAGAGAAUACUGGAGACAAUAAAGGUACAGAUAAGAGUGAGGAGCAUGCUAGCAUAGAUUGUUCACUGCCUGUUCUUUCCAUCGUUCCCACAAAUAAUGCAGCCCCAGCCUCAUCUUCAAAAGAGAAGGGAGAUGUAGAUAUUGAACAAAAGGAGAGGGAGCAAGAGAAAAUGUGUGAGGCUAAGAAGGAAACUAAGGAAUCUAACUCCAGCCAAGUGUCCUCCUCUGUUCCCUCAAGCCCUAAGACUCCUGAACUUUCAGUCAAAUCUCCCCUCACCCCAAAGGAGCAGUCUGACUCGGCUGAAAUUAAAAAACCCACAGAGAAACUCUCUUCCGCAUCUGAUGAUUCUCCAGGUGACAUCAAGAAAAGUGCCAGUCCUUCCUCUCCACGCAAAACGGAUCCAAAGACUCCAGAAACGCACAAGCCAUCUCCAUCUUCAUCUGUGUCCCCUUCCUCCUCCUCCUUCUCCUCCUCCACCUCAUCCCCCUCCAGGGAAGCGGUUCUUUCUUCAUCCCCUGCCUUCCAGAUGCCAGCUCUCUUCAGUGGGUUGCGGGUGCUGAAGAAAGGAGCAGUAGGAGAAGAAAGGGAGACGAUGUCCGAGAUCAAGCAGAGCGAGAAGGAUGCCGAUCUAGCCCUUCUUAGCCUGAAGAACACUGUAAAUAAAACCAAGCUCUUCCCGGAGCAAAAAAGUGCCACCCUGGCCAAAAAAACCACUGACCCAAAACCUGUUUUGAACACUAAAAGCACAGUGAUGGCGCAGCUCAGUCACCUGCGCUCAGGAAACAACCACACUGACACUAAAAAGUCAAAUAACAGGCAGGAUGCUGAUCCUGAACCCAGCAAAAAGGUGCCCGAGAAGGUAGAAGAUGUUGAGGGAGAGAAAUGUCAGAGCCCACAAACUCCCACUUCCCCACCAGAUGUAAAGAAAACCUCAGACCUGGCAUAUGAAACCUUCAGGAACAUGUUUGGUCCCAAAGCUGUCAAAAAGGAGAAAGCAGAGGAGGUGGAUCUUGAGGCAGUGAAAAAGAAAAUCAAGAGUGAUAAGGAAAGUCUGAGGUCUAUUUUUGAAAGAACCUCCAAAUCUCCUACCAAGGAAGUCAGACCUCCUACAGAAGCUAAUACGGAGGUUGUGUCGCCUACAGACAGUGAGGACCGGACUCCUGGACGUCUGCAGGCCGUUUGGCCCCCACCCAAGGCCAAAGAUGAGGAAGAGAAGGUGGGACUCAAAUACACGGAGGCAGAACACCAGGCUGCCCUCUUGCAGCUAAAGAGGGAGUGCAAGGAGGAUCUGGAGAGGAUGCACUCCGACUUUGAGCUCAAGAUCUUUGAGCUGCGUGGUGAGAAUGCCAUCUCAAUGACCCAACUGGAGGGAAUUAUCGCCAAGAUGCAGCAAGAAAGGUCAUUAAUGGCGAGCCAGGACCGAGGUGGAGUCUCUGAUGCUGCUGUGUCCGCUGUAAACGAGCCCAUUCCAAAGACCUGCCGCACCGUGGGGAUCCAGACGGACAGGGAGACCUUCAUCAAGAGUCCUGAGGGUGACCCUGGUGGGCUCGGUCAAAGCCCCGGCCAGAACAUCCCGAAAAAACUCAACCUGGAUUCUGUCGGACUAAAUAAAAAAUCUGAAACUGCCCCAGGGCCUGCCGCACCACCACCACCUCCUCCGCCUCCUCCUCCCCCACCUGGCUUCUCUGGACCUCCACCACCACCUCCUGCUCCUCCCCUGCCGGGCCUCUCAGGACCUCCACCACCACCUCCCCCUCCCCCUCUGCCAGGCAGCAUGGGAGCACCACCCCCACCACCACCACCUCCACUGCCUGGAGGUGGUCCGCCACCCCCACCUCCUCCACCUCCCCCUCCUGGCCUACCUGGUGCAGGUCCCCCUCCUCCUCCUCCUCCUCCUCCACCAGGCUUUGGAGCGCCACCGCCUCCCCCUAUGGGGUUCUUUGGUUUCGGCCAGAAGGUUGAGGCGGCCCCGCGGAAAACUGCCAUUGAGCCGGCGUGUCCCAUGAAGCCUCUGUACUGGAACAGGAUACAAAUACAGGACAAUAACAACAACACACUGUGGGGUUCUCUGGAGGAGCCAAACAUUGUCAGCACUAAUGAGUUUGAGGAACUUUUCUCCAAAGCAACACAACAGCCCAAGAAGAAGCCCCUUUCAGACACCUACGAGAAAAAGGCCAAAACCAAAAAGUUAAUCAAGCUGCUGGAUGGGAAGCGUUCCCAAGCUGUCGGCAUCCUGAUAUCCAGCCUGCAUCUUGAGUUGAAGGACAUUCAGCACGCCGUUCUCACUUUGGACAACUCCGUGGUGGACUUGGAAACCAUUGAGGCUUUGUAUGAAAAUAGGGCCACCAGUGAUGAGUUGGCCAAGAUAACAAAACAUUAUGAAAGCUCCAAAGAAGAAGACGUCAAACUGCUGGACAAACCUGAACAGUUUCUUUAUGAGCUCUCCCAGAUUCCCGACUUUGCAGGCCGAUCACGCUGCAUCAUAUUUCAGUCAGUGUUCCUCGAUAUCAUCGCCUCCAUCGGCCGCAAAGUGGACAUCAUCACGCAUGUCUGCAAAGAGCUGUUAGAGUGUGAUAGUUUGCGGGAUGUGAUGGGUCUUGUUCUGGCCUUUGGGAACUACAUGAACGGAGGGAACAGGACAAGAGGUCAGGCCGAUGGCUUUGGACUGGAAAUUCUCCCAAAACUAAAGGAUGUCAAGAGCAGGGACAAUCGUAUGAAUCUGGUGGAUUACGUUGUUCUAUACUACCUGCGUAAUUUUGACAAGGAUGCUGGCACAGAUAAGAGUGUGUUUCCUCUGCCGGAGCCUCAGGAAUUCUUCCAGGCUGCACAGGUGAAGUUCGAAGACCUCGCCAAGGACAUCAGGAAGCUGAAGAAAGAUUUGACCACUUGUGAGAAAGACCUACAACAGGUGUGUUCCAACGCUUCAGUGAAACACUUGGAGCCAUUCAAGCUGAAGAUGGAAAGAUUUAUCUCUACUGCUCAAGGGGAUCAUUCAGCUAAAGAGGACCGACUCAAUGAGGCACAGAAACGUUUCCAGGACACAGUGAGCUACUUUGGGGUUAAGCCAAAGUCUGGGGAGAAAGAAGUGGUCCCGACUUACAUCUUCAUGCUGUGGUACGAGUUCUGCAACGACUUCAAGAACGCCUGGGUACGACAGAGCAAGAACAUCUCCAAGGAGAGGUUGAAGGAAGCUCAAGAAAACAUCAAGAAGAUAACGGCUGAGAAGACAGUCGAAACCAAGAAAAUCAACGCCAACAGUCUGAAAGAGAGGCUGCGGCAGAAGGAGGCCGGUGUCUCCUCGAGCUGAAUGAAAUGACUCAGCAGAAGAAGAGAUGAGUGGUGGUGGGAGAAAUGUUGAAGAACAAGACCGGAAAGUGUUCAGGCCUGAUCUCUCCUGUAUUUAACACCUGCCUCAACAACUUUGGGCCUUCCCUGUUUUUGGCCCUGUACAGACUUACUACAAAACCUCGACGCUUCCUACUCCCACUGCCAUAUCGCUGCCCUACUAACCUCCAACCAUCCCCACCCUACUCUCCCCACACUCGUCCAGCUUUUCCUGCCUGCUGCACAGACAGACGUCGGGCCUGCAGAGAGGAUGCAUGGCUGACACCGCCGCAGUGAUGAGAGUCUGAGAGGCCAAAGGUUGAUCUCAUUCAUCCAGCGCAGCGUGACCUCUGAGUGGCCGGCUUGUGAAAGGUCUAAAAGGGUCAGUGGGAUUCCCAGCCGUGCCAGCUGACACAUCCACAAGGGUUUUUUUUUUUCUGGAUCUGCAAGAGCAGAUGCACCUUUUUAUCUGGACUGUUAAAGUAACAUCAGAGAGCAGAAUGACAAUGCUCUUACAUAUUCAAUGUGUUGAGAAGUUAAGAAAUCAUAUAAAACUUUUUCUGGAAGUGGUAAAAAAAAGAAAUCCGUUCCCAGUGUCCUUUGCUGUAGCAGGAAAGCUUUUCAUUCACCAUGGCUCAUUAAAAGUCUUGUAAAUAUGUCAUGUCGUAGUAUCAGCAGGGACCACGCAGCGUAUGAUAAAUGAUCUGCUUCAGCACAGAUGAAGACGUGUCUAAAUGUGUGAAACAAUCGGAAUGUAGAGGGGGGUUUUUUUGUACCGUUUUGUGUAGCAGUGCACCACACUGACCUCUCUCCUGUGUGUCGGCCAGAGAGGAGCAGGACCUGGCAGCGAGCCUCGGCCGUCACACGAACAUGUACUUAGGAAACAUCAGAAGAACACGACAGGACUUUGGCCCUGCACACACUCACCCUCAAUAUUAAAUAUGCAUUAUAGAAACGUGUUAAUCCUUUACCGAGUGCUGCACAUCACACUGUGUCGUGCACACUUCUAAGCACUUUACUGCUUGCAGAAGCUGUUUGUCGUAGCUAGCUCGCUAGAAGCCACACUACCCUAGUAUUGCUAACUGCGUUUUAAUUUCAUGUCUUGCACUUUUUUGCACCUCUCUUCCUAUGCAAGGGUUUGGUUUCUUGUAAUGUUUAAUGGAUUGUUUUGCUUCAUGCUUUGAUUUUGUGUUUUAUUUCUUAAAACAUUUAUUAAGCUAUGUAAAUCUAAUGCAUAUGAAUGGUGUGACCACACUCAAGAAAAGUCUAUUUAUGAAAUGAGAAAUAUUUUAAGCCAAAUACAUCAACUUUGUUCCCUUUGAGGCUGUAUUUUUAUGUGUUGUGAUUGACUGAGAAGCUGCCUGUUAGAGAAGUCAAAUGAAAGAUAUAUUUUCGCAAAGAUAAAGAGUUAUUUGCAUUCAUUUGCUGUUAUUUUUGGAGAGAUGAGGGUUGUAUUUUGUGUAUUGAGAACAUUGAAGCAUAUCACCUGAAGCCAUGUGAGCUGUUAUACCUCAGAAAAACUUCCAUUAUCAGAGUUUCCACAAAACUGCACCUUGAAUUCCUUUUUUUAACCCUCAAAAGUCCUUCACGUGUGCCAUUUAUUUUGUAUUAAAACAAAUCUAAAUAUUUCAUAACUUUAAACUGCUAUGUUUUACUUCAGAUGGUUUGAGAAAUGUAAGGAAAAAAAGAGGUGAUGAGGACCUGCUGUAGCCUCUACUGUAUGUGUGUCGGUUCAUGUAACCUUCAGUAGCUCUCAUGUAGGUGCUCUGUGAUGUUAUGGAAUUGUUUUAAAUUUCAACAAUAAACUGGAUGCUGAACAAACUGG